CAGCAAGAAAAAAUUUUAGAUUAUUAAAAAAAAUUGAAAUUUUGUGAAAUAAUGGAAAAUCAGCUCGAGUCAAAGCUCCAAAAUAUAGCUAUAACAGAAUCGAAUUCUAAUCAUAUAAUAGACAAAAGUAGUCAUAAUGUAAAAUUAUCCAAAAUCGAGAAAAAUUGCUCAUUGGAGAAAAAGGAAAAUGGUCAUAUAGAAUCAAAUAAUGAGGAGUUUAUAAUCAAUAAUGAUUCCUAUUCGUCGUGUAAAAAGAGCACAUCUGACAAUGAGGAAUCGACAGAGUUAAGUGAAUUAUCGCCUGUAGAAAUUCCUAUAAAUGAUACUAAAUCCUGUCCGUUGAUUCAAGAAUAUGAAGUUGUAGAAAUGUUAAGAGAACUUUCGGACCAAACAUCAGAAACAAUUAAAAUCACAUAUAAAGUCUACGAAUCAGAGCUGGAACUACCGAGUAUAAUGAAGCUAAUACAAAAGGAUCUUUCUGAACCAUACUCGAUCUAUACUUAUCGUUACUUUAUUCACAAUUGGCCCAAACUUUGCUAUCUAGCUAUUCACGAGAAUAAAUGUAUUGGAUGUAUUGUAUGUAAGCUCGAUAUUCAUAGGCAAAUGAUAAAACGUGGAUACAUAGCAAUGCUGGCUGUUGACAAAGAUUACCGUAAGCUUAAAAUUGGCACCACAUUAGUCCAGAAAGCAAUUCGAGUCAUGAUCGCAAAUCAAGCAGAUGAGGUAGUACUGGAGACAGAAAUCACGAAUCAACCUGCACUCAAACUGUACGAAAAUCUUGGGUUUGUUCGCGACAAGCGAUUAUUUCAUUACUAUCUAAAUGGGGUGGAUGCUUUGCGCUUAAAACUCUGGUUCAGAUGAAUAAAUGUACUUUAGUAAUGCUACACAAUAUCCUUAAAUAAGAAAAACUUGUAAAGAGAAUGAAACUUACCAAAAUAUUGAUGUGCAAAUCAUCCCCUCUCCCCUUCCUAUAUUGUCUAAUAGUCCCUACCUACAUGAGUGAAUCAUAUUUUAAAAUCGCUCGGAAUGAUCAUAAGCCCAACUAUACAUGCAACAUAACUUAUAAGUGAUACAGCCCCAAGUAGCUGGAAUGUGGAAUGCAUUUUCAGUGAACAAUUUAAGUUAUUGAUGAAAAAUAAUAAAAUUACAAAAAGGAAAACACGAAAUUUGAUAAUGACAAA